CGCAACCAAACUGCUGUCAUGUGUCAAAUACGAAUUGACUUGAGCUUGAGAGAAUUAAUUGUAUGUGAACGUCAAUCAUGUGAGAACGAUAAAUAUUUAAUGCGAAUCUAAUUAAGUUUAUGAGACAAAAUGAAUCACGACGACAUAAAAGCGGUGGUGCAAGAGAAGUUUCUGUCGAGCGAAAGAGUUACAGCAUUUUUAUGCGACGCCAAAGUCUUGCAGCCGGAAUGGGUAAACAAGGACAGAAUAUUAGCUAUCGUCGAGUACGGAGACGAGAAGGCGGUGUUCUGCCUGUACACGUCGUGCUACCCACCUAAAUCUUUCACGGAUUUAUCUAUAGAAGUUGUAUUACCCAUAGACAGCAGUUUCAAAUGCGAAAUAGAUAACAAGCCUUCUGACCCUGAAGCAGUACUGUACCUGAAUCUCCAGUCUCGUAGUAAUAAGUACAAGUUUGAGAUCGAAAUGACCCCGCGCGUCGAUAACUUCGUUGAUGACCUCUUUAGAGGGAUAGAAGCUGUGAACAAGGUGCCCAGGCAGCCGGAGUUUGUCUGGCUUAAAAAGUAUAGUGGAAAAAAUGAUGAGGAUAUCAUUGCUGAGAGUAUGGUUGUUCCUCGACGUAACGUUGCGCACACGCUUAAUUCUGCGCCUGUUGCCAUCCGAGAAAGCUUAAUCAAGAGGAGGAUGUCGGACAAGGAAGCAGACUAUACAUUUACUAAACAAUUUACUGUGUUUUGUGGAACUUGGAAUGUUAAUGAUAAAGCCCCUGUAAUUCCCUUGAAGGGAUGGCUGUGCGUGGACAAGGAGCCUCCGGACCUGUACGCUGUGGGCUUCCAAGAGCUUGAUCUGUCUAAAGAAACGUUUCUCUUUGAUCAGACACUCAGGGAAGAUGAGUGGUAUGCGGCCGUAUUAAAUUAUGUUGAUCCAAGAGCUAAGUAUGUAAAAGUUGAAAAGGUGAGACUUGUUGGCAUGUUGUUGAUAAUCCUUAUAAAGGAAAAAUACAUACAUCAUGUCAGGAAUGUUGUGUGUGACACAGUAGGCACUGGUAUCAUGGGAAAGAUGGGUAACAAGGGAGGAGUCGCUAUUAGAUUUGAUCUGCACAGUACCUCCUUGUGCUUCGUGAACUCUCAUUUAGCUGCACAUGUUGAAGAAUAUGAGAGGAGGAACCAGGACUUCAGGGAUAUUUGCAACAGGAUGAGGUUCUCACAGCCAAACCAGCAAGCUAAAGCCAUCAAAGAUCAUGAUCAUAUCUACUGGUUAGGUGAUCUAAACUAUCGAAUUACUGAACUAGAUCCAACAAGUGUGAAAAAGUUGGUGGAUGAAAGGAACUUUGUCCCCGUCCUAGAGUUCGAUCAACUCAAACAACAACACAAAAACAAUCAGGUCUUUGUGGGAUAUACAGAGGGUACUAUCAAUUUCAAGCCCACUUACAAAUAUGAUCCUGGGACUGAUAACUGGGACUCUAGUGAAAAAAACAGGGCUCCUGCCUGGUGCGAUAGAAUAUUCUGGAGAGGAGAGAAUGUGACUCAACUGGAAUACCGAAGCCACCCGGCUCUUAACAUCAGUGACCACAAACCUGUCUCUGCUAUAUUUAACUCUUUUAUCAAAAUUAUUAAUGAGGAAAAAUAUAAAAAGGUGUAUGAGGAAGUUAUUAAACAACUUGACAAACUUGAAAAUGAACUCAUUCCGCAGGUAAAGGUUGACCAGACUGAAAUUGACUUUGACACAGUCAGAUACCUAGAGCUCCAAGUACGAACCAUCACUAUAACUAAUAUAGGAAAGCUGCCGGUGGAAUUUGAAUUCAUUAAAAAGUUGGAUGAGACAAGCUUCUGUAAAGACUGGCUGAUAGUGGAGCCAUAUAAGAAAUGCAUAUGCGCAGAUGAGGCAUGCGAAAUUCAACUUAAAGUACUUAUAAAUAAGACUUCAGCUUGCAAAAUGAAUGCAGGGACUGAUAAAUUGUAUGAUAUCCUGGUGUUGCACUUGUAUGGUGGGAAGGAUAUCUUUAUUACAAUCAAUGGGACAUAUCAGAGGAGCUGUUUUGGUUGUUCCAUAGAAGUCCUUGUGAACCUGAAUAUGCCCAUUCGUGAGGUGCCUUUGGGUAAACUGAUUGAGCUUGAAAACAAAAGGGAUCAAUGUGUUUCUAACCAGUCAACAUAUUCAAUACCGAAAGAGAUCUGGUUUUUAGUUGACCACAUAUACUUGCAUGGUUUGAAAGAACCAAAUCUGUUUGAACAGCCCGGUUUACACAGUGAGGUAUUACAGAUCAGGGAUUGGCUGGACAGUGGUUCGGUGGAUCCUAUUCCGGGCAGUAUCCACUCUGUAGCAGAAGCGCUACUAUUACUUUUAGAGAGCACUGCAGAUCCAAUUAUCCCGUACAAUCUACAGGCUGCCAGUCUCCGAGCUUCCGCAAACUAUUUACAAUGCAAGCAGAUAAUUCUAGAACUACCUGAAUUUAGGAAAAAUGUCUUCUUAUACUUGUGUGAGUUUUUACAAGAAGCACUUCAACACAGCGCCGAGAACGGCCUCGACUCGAAGACGCUAUCAACUCUGUUUGGGGCGAUAUUUCUAAGAGACAACCCUAACCAAACGCAGGAGCCUCAGUCGAGGAUAAACAAGCAAAUUAUUGACAAGAAGAAGGCCCAAUUUGUUUACCAUUUCUUAGUAAAUGACCACAGUGACUUAAUAUUUUCUAGAUAAUUUCUCAGACUCCCUUGAGAGUAAAUGGCGCCAAAUGUGUCAUAAGGAUGUUACACUAUGCAGUAUACCGACUCAAUCCCUUUUCUUGGCGAUGUAUCUAUCAAGAUUCUUAUUUGUUUAUGUACUUUUGCACAUAAUUAUUUUUGUCUAUAUAGGCUAAACGAAGCUUGCUCUUUUUAUUUAUGAAGAAAAGCGAUAUGGGACACCAAAGUCGGCGUCGUUGCAAACAAACCAUUGCAUGCGGAUCCGCAUGCCGCUCCGAUGUGCGAACGAGACAUUGAUAUAUACGGCUACAGCGCUGUCUAGCUUACACACCGCAGUAGCGUGCGGAUCCGCAUCAGUGAGAUGAUCGCGUCGAAUAGCCGACGAGUAUUUCAUGGUGUAUAUCUUAAACACAUUUGUAUGAUUGUUAUUUUAACAGCCCAUUUGGCCUCGUUCAUACGGGAUUAAUUAAUUAAUUGGAUUGAAUUGAAUGUUAUUGCUCUAGUUCUGUUGAUACACUGCAAUGUGGGAUUAGCCAUUAACACAAUAAUUCGCAUUCGCCAUUAUUCCAGAGAAGAGAAAUGAUGAUACUUAACACUAUUUUUAUUUCUCAUUCUCAAGAAUUCUAAGCCGAGUUCUUAGGGCCUAAUGUGAACCUGUAGGCUUAGCAUAGGAGCGCAGCGACAGCAUCUCGCCCACGAGAUAAGACUACCCCUUCCUGACCUCCCUCUAUUAAUACAGUUAGAAAAGACACGUAGUCUAUCUCGCGCGCGAGAUACUGUCGCGGCGCUCAUGUACUAAGCCCACUGCUGGAUUGCUAGAUUUGCUAGUAUCAUUCUUGUGCGAUAUAACUGCAGAAUGUAUAUGUGACGUUCCAAGACGAAAGGUACAUUAUGGCGGUUGGCGCUUACGCCAUUAUUAUUUUAGUGUUAUUUUUUAAAUUAUAACUAGUAUUAGGAAUAUUCUUUUCCAUGUGAUUCAUUCUAUUUAUUCAAAUACUCAGCAUGUUUCCAUUAUUCUUUAGAAUAUUAAUUUAUUUUUGUAAUUAGGAAUAGUAUUUAACUUUUUGAUGUAAAUUUAACAUGUUGACAUUAUAGAUGUCGCUAGGCGAUUUACUAAAAUCUGGUUUUUCUUAAAGCAAAAUGCAUUUUUAAUGUUUUUAUACAAAUCAUUUCCUAACACAAAAUUUUGUUAAAGAAUAUUUUGUAAUAAAAUUGUCAUAUUAAUUAAGGUUUCUUAGAAAACAUCAAAACAGUAUUAACAUUCUUUAUAUUAUAUAAACAUCACGCAAACAUGCAGAAUUACCAGCAUAUUAUAUGAAAAUUUUCAGAAAAAAAAUAUACAUUCUAUAAUACUUUAUUAUCACAAAAUGUAUGAAUACAAAUUAAAUGUAAUGCAUUUAAUACUGUACAGGGUGGAAAGAUAAGUCGGGCCCUGGAGGGAAACUACCUUAAAUCCUUAAGCUGGCUCAUUUUACUUAAAGGAGACAUUCCUUUAUUUUUAAGAAGAAACAAAACUGCAUUCAAAUUAAUUUUCUUUUUUUCUUCAGUUUGGCUUGUCUAAAAAAAUCUUAAGUACUAAAUAUUCGAUUUUAUGGAUAUUUUGUACGACAGACGAGUGUAAGACCUAAUUUUUCUUGGAGAAAUGUUAUCAUUAACAUUAACUGUAUCGACUAGUAGAAUAAAAUUGCGAGUUCUUAUUUUUUUGAAUUUUUAGUCGGUUCGAGUCCCGGGCGAGGCAAGCGAGUCUUAGAAAAUCUUUGAAUGCAGUUUUGUUUCUUUUUAAAAAUAAAGGAAUGUCUCCUUUAAGUAAAAUGAGCCAGCUUAAGGAUUUAAGGUAGUUUCCCUCCAGGGCCCGACUUAUCUUUCCACCCUGUAUAAUCUGGUCUCUCUUACGCAAAUCAUUUUAGUUUACUGUCAACUAUAGUUGCCCACAACUUUAUGGGACUUAUGUAACUUAUGUAGAUCUAGUGGAAGCGUGUUUGGCCCAUAAUCUAAUAAUAAAACAUACUUGGUCCUCGACAGACGUUUUUUAAACCGUGACAAGUUACUAAAUGAAUAUCAACAGAUAGCGCCAGUAGUUAUACAUAAUUAUUUUAUAAAUUUUUAAAUAUAUGCACAUUUGUACCUACAACCUACAACUUUUUCACACGUCGACACUAUGUAAUUACUUUUGUUGUUAAAUAUUUCUCAGUUUUUACGAUACAAUUCAUACCUCACGAUGACACGAUAAACUCUUUGGUUUAGAGCCCUUUUCCAUAAUAAAUCUUGUUAAAAAACUAUUUAAGGACUCAUUUAGCAUCGAUAGUUACAGCACUUAUAGCUGAUUUCCGUCAUCUAUAUUUAUUAUACUACAAAUAGGUACAUAUUAUGAUUUCUUAUUGUUUUAAUUGGCGGUGGAGUGUUCUAUCUAUACGAUACAGAAUUUUAUUUUGUGUCAAUGUUAAUAGAUGGCGCUACUGGAAAAGGUAAAUGCACAGGAUAAAUCGUCAGGUGACAGCCAAAAUUCACUAAUUACCACCACAAGUUCAUGGCCAUAGUGAACUAUAUUAGUACCAUAAUAAGGUUGAUUUUUGUUUAAUUAUUUUUUGUAAAUAUUUUGGUUGUCAUCUGACGAAAUUUGUUUAGUGAUUUAGUACAAUGACAAAUUAAUUUAAUAGUCAUAUUUAAGUAGCAUUGUACCAAUUGAAGGGUCAAUAUUGUUUGUCUAUUAGUUUGUGUUAGCUGAGCUCUCAUUGCGUGAAUUUUUAUUUAGGAAGUCUUUAUGUACAUAUUAUUUUUAAUAUCCAUUAUUUAAUUAAUGAUUAUGAUAAUUAUCGAAUAAUUUAUAGGAAUAAUCGUAAAGAGAACGGGGUUUACAAACUUGUAGAUAAUUAGCAGGUGGCCUAAAUUGGAACUAACUCUGUACCAUACAAAUUUUACAUUGGCCAUUGAUAGCAGCGCCACGGCCGCCUGCAAAUAGGAACUUACAACGAAAUUACUGUAGUCAAUAAUUUAUUAAAAUUGUUUGUAUUGUAUCUUAUCGUUGUUCUGUGUACGUUAAUUAUUUUAAGAGCUUGAUUUACUUGCAUUUAUCAAUUUUUUUUUUUAAUUUAACUAAACUAAAAAAAGUUGUGGAGGUGAUAAAGGCAUUAGGUACACUGUCCUAGUUUGAGCCAACACAACUAUUGCAAAAUUGACAUAUUCAGAAUCUGACCACUACUCUGACCAGUGCCUCAGAAAAGUAGACAUGAAAUGAAGUACUGAAUGCAUAUAAUAUGUAUUAUGUGCGUACUACGUAAACUCUUGAAUUGAUUCAUCAUCAUCAUAAUCACUGAGCUAAGAGACGUCGUCCAGGUAGACUGUCGAUUUCCUUACAAAAAUUAAAUUCUUUUUGAUCUAUCAUAAUAUUGUCCAUAUCAUGAAACGUACUAUAGAAGACUUGAUUCGUUAUUUGUACUUAUCAAAUAGACGGAGAACUAAGCCCCGGAACUUACAUGAUAAAAAAGAGCAACGAAAUCCACCACCGAUAAACAGUUGCCACAUGCCUGUAUCCAAUAAUUAGCAUAAGUAAUGUAACUAACCGUUACCUUUCGUUGCUCUUAUUUUCAUGUACACCCGGUCGCAAAUUUAUGAAUUCAUUCGUAAUGUGUCCAGCAUGCAAUUUUGCAACUCGCCGUACCUAAAUAUCGGGGCUACCUCUUAAAUAGAUUAAAAAAGAAAACUGCCUGCGGGUGUCCUUUCUUUUUUCCUUAGUGUAGUCCCUUUUAACAAAGGGGAUAAUUAAAAAAAAAGAAGCCAUAUCUAAACGACGACGUCCUUAAACUAGAUUCGGAUCUAAAAUUACUGAAUGUGAAAACAUUGUUUACGUGUUUACUAUAGCCCCUGAGUCCCCCUUGUCAUUAUUGAAGUUUUGAAUUUGGAACCUUCUUGUAUUCCAUAUUAAUUCAAAAUCGAUUUGGAUUAAAUCGUUUAUAAGGGCCUCAGGGACUCAAGAAGUUAAAGGAUGUAAAAUCUGGCCAGUAGCCUAAAGCUUAAAGUAGUUUUCUAUGUAAUGUUGAAUGUAAUAGAAUUUGAAACGUAUACCGACUUAAUCCAUUAUUUAUACGAAUGCCAAAUAAUUAUGUAAUCAGUAAAAUGCACCAAGUUACUUAUAAACUGUACUAUUUUAACAACGUAUACUAUUAUAAUAUAUCGUGCUAAACUGUUGUUUAAUAUAUAAAAUUAUUUAUUUAGAACUAGUAA